AAUUAGUAUGGUUACGAAACAAUAAAGAAAUUCCUAAAAAUCCAGAUUUUCGUCAUGAACAUGACAAAAAUAUAUUCAAAUUAAUUGUUACUGCAGUGUGAAUAUUUGAAAAGAUUUUUAAAAAUAAUUUAUUAAAUUAAAUUUAUAUAGAUUUCCUGGUGAUUCAGGUGUAUUUUCAGCUUUAUUAAAAAGCAAAUCAAUAAGUAAUGAACAACUUUCCUCUUGUUCAGUUAUUAUUCAAGCUCGUGAUAAAGAACCACUCGAUCCUGGUUUUGUUCAAUUUCCACAAAGUAUUAGUUUAGAAAAAGGUGGAAAAGCUAAAUUUAAUUGUAAAAUAUCAGGAUCAACACGAAUGACAGAUCAAGGCCAAUAUUCUGUAAUUAUUUCAAAUGAUAAAGGACAAAUUACAGCUGCAUAUAGUUUACAUGUUGAUCAAUCAUAA